AUGUUCAUCAAUUCACGCCAAUAUGAAGUUGGUGAUGAGCUCGGUGAAGGAGGUUUUGGAACCGUCUAUGCAGCGACUCGUUUGGAUGAUGGACUUCAGGUUGCAGUGAAAUACUGCUCGAUGUUCGACACAACGUUCAUCCGCAUUGAUGGUUUUGCUCAACCACUUCCAAUAGAAAUUGUGCUUCAAACCCUUGUGAAUCAAGGCCCAAGGGUUCCUGAAAUUAUUGAGCUUCUGGACUGGAAGGUGGAACGUGACUUCUACUGCAUGGUCCUGGAACGGCCCAUACCCUGUCAGCCCUUGAACAACUUCAUAGAAAGCUAUGUUGGGCCCAUUGAUGAAGAUGACAUACGGUUCAUCAUGAAACAGGUCGUAUUCGCAGCUCAAGCUUGCUGCCAAAGAAAAGUGUUACACCGAGAUAUCAAGCUGGAGAACCUUCUGAUCAACCCGGACACCCUUGAGGUCAAAUUGAUUGACUUCGGGUGCGGGGAUAUCCUCGAAGAUGAGGCUUACACAGACUAUUCUGGCACAGCGGAGUAUCGUCCUCCUGAGUUUCUGGAGACUGGCAAAUACCACGGAGAACCAGCGACAGUGUGGUCUCUCGGAAUAGUCUUGUUUGUAAUGCUUUUCUGGAAGUUUCCAACAAGACGAGAACUGAAUACGAUCAUGAAUAAAGACAUAGAAGGCCUGUCAGAAGAAUGCUGCGAUUUUAUGCGCUGUUGUCUCAAGAUAGACCCCAGAGAGCGGAUUAAACUGGAGCGACUCAACCGCCACAGCUGGAUUAAGACCAACGAAGAGAAGAAGAGCAGCGAAAUAAUGGGUCAGUUUGGUAGUUAA